CCCACUGGCAGUCUCCUUAUUAUUCCUUCGUGGUUUGGCCAAGUAAACAAAGUCUUUACCACUGUCAACAUGACGUCUCUAACAGUUAUUCCAUUAGUAUCCAAACUUGCAAGCAAUGUUAUUCGUAUUCUAGGAUGUAACCCUGGACCAAUGACUCUUCAAGGCACAAAUACCUACCUCGUUGGCAAGGGACAUAGGCGGGUAUUAAUUGACUCUGGCGAAGCAGGCACUGCACAAGUAUAUACAGAAUUACUGUCCGAAGUUUUGGAUAGCGAAGGUGCCACAAUAGAGCAUAUGUUAAUCACUCAUUGGCAUCAUGACCAUAUCGGUGGAGUAUCUUCUAUUCAAAAGCUUCUAAAAUCUAAAAAUAGUAAGCCAGCUACUGUUUGGAAAUUGCGGAGAUGUCCACGUGACGAUCAAAUCUCAGAGCAGGAAAAAUCAGUUAAAUGGCAAUAUUUGGUGCAUGAUCAGUGGAUCGAAGUUGAGGGUGCAAAAUUACAAGUAAAACACUCUCCAGGUCACACGACUGAUCAUUAUUGUCUUUUUAUGCCAAAAGAAGAUGCCAUUUUCAGUGGAGAUUGCAUUCUAGGUGAAGGAACUGCAGUUUUUGAAGACCUGCACGAUUACAUAAUUUCCUUACGAAAUAUGCUGCAGAUGAAGCCAAAGUUGAUUUAUCCUGGACAUGGUCCUAUAAUUGAAAAUCCACUUUCACGAAUUCAAUAUUAUAUCGAGCAUCGUCAGAAAAGAGAAGAAGAAAUUCUGAAAACUCUACAGGAGAAAAAUGAACCUAUGUCUGAAAUGGAAAUAGUGAAGAAUGUUUAUAAAACAACACCAGAGCAUUUGUGGCCCGCUGCAGCAUCAAAUGUAGGCCACCACCUCAAGAAAUUACACAAAGAAGGCAGAAUAAAAGGUCAGAAUGGUAGUUGGACAUCUAGCUGAGAUUUGAAGAAAAACUUUGUAAACAACACUAUACAAUUUUGCACAAAUAAACAAUAACUUUUAUGAAACGAAAAAUAAA